ACUAUUAUAUUGCUUGGCAGGGAAUCCAUCUUCCAAAAUAGAAUACUCCACCGCCAACAAUCUGUCUGCUGAAGUAAACAGUCACUUCCCACUCCAAUGUGCUUGUGCUACAUGCAUACAAAAAACACGGUAACGCACAGAAUCUUACAAGUUAGAUAGAUCCUUCAUCUUGCAAUAAAUUCAACAUCUCUCACUAAAUUCUCACCAAAACAAUCUCAGCACAGAACAAAAACAUCCUCAACUUCAUCAAACUCAAACACCAAGUUCCAUUAACACUACCAAGCACCAGUUUCCGACCCACCAAACAUUCCCUCACGAUUUGACCAAAAAGCACCGACUUUCAUCCCUGAAAUGCAGCAAAACCUGAAACCCAGUUGCUAAUUUGACCAGAUCCAUCUUGUUUCCAGAUGGGUCACGUGAACCUCCCACCUUCCAAGCGCAGCAACCCGCGUCAAUGGCGGCUGUUAGACCUUGUCUCCGCCGCGUUCUUCGGCCUCGUCUUGCUCUUCUUCAUUCUGGUCUUCACUCCUCUGGGUGAUCCCCUCGCCGCCUCUGGGCGCCAGACGCUGCUUCAGUCGGCCUCCGAUCCGGGGCAGCGUCAGCGCCUCGUGGCGGCGAUUGAGUCGGGGCAGCCCCGAGUGAUUGAGGCGUGCCCCGCCGAGGCUGUGGACCAUAUGCCGUGUGAGGAUCCGAGGCUGAAUAGUCAGCUCAGUAGAGAUAUGAAUUAUUACAGAGAGAGGCAUUGCCCUCCAACGGAGAACACGCCACUUUGCCUCAUUCCACCGCCUAAUGACUACAAGAUUUCGGUGCAGUGGCCUGAGAGCUUGCACAAGAUAUGGCACAGCAACAUGCCACACAACAAGAUUGCUGACCGGAAAGGUCACCAGGGAUGGAUGAAACUUGAAGGACCCCACUUCAUUUUCCCUGGAGGUGGCACAAUGUUCCCAGAUGGGGCAGAGCAGUAUAUUGAAAAACUUGGUCAAUACAUUCCAAUGAAUGGUGGUGCUCUGAGGACUGCUCUUGAUAUGGGGUGUGGGGUUGCCAGUUUUGGAGGAUUUUUACUUGCUCAGAACAUUUUAACCUUGUCUUUUGCGCCUAGGGAUUCACAUAAAUCACAGAUACAAUUUGCUCUCGAAAGAGGAAUACCAGCUUUUGUUGCCAUGCUUGGUACUCGCAGACUCCCAUUUCCAGCAUUUGGCUUUGACUUAGUCCAUUGUUCUCGAUGUUUAAUCCCUUUUACAGCCUACAAUGCAACUUAUUUCCUUGAAGUGGACAGAUUACUUCGACCAGGUGGAUAUUUAGUCAUCUCUGGUCCCCCUGUUCAGUGGCCUAAACAGGAUAAAGAAUGGUCUGAUCUCCAGGCUGUGGCAAGAGCUUUGUGUUAUGAACUGAUUGCUGUGGAUGGUAACACAGUGAUCUGGAAAAAGCCAGCAGGGGAUAUGUGUCUCCCUAACCAAAAUGACUUUGGUCUUAAGUUAUGUGAUGAUUCAGAUGAUCCAAGUUCUGCUUGGUACUUCAAAUUGAAGAAAUGUGUCAGUAGGACAUCUUCUGUCAAAGGAGAAUAUUCUAUUGGGGUGAUCCCCAAGUGGCCGGAAAGGCUAACUGCUCCACAGCCUAGGUCCACACUACUGAAAAAUGGUGCUGAUGUAUAUCAGGCUGACACUAGGCGAUGGUUAAGGAGGGUUGCGUACUAUAAGCAUUCUCUAAACAUGAAGUUGGGGACUUCAUCUGUACGCAACGUCAUGGACAUGAAUGCAUUCUUUGGGGGUUUUGCGGCAGCAUUAAUAUCUGAUCCUGUGUGGGUAAUGAAUGUAGUUCCAGCUCGCAAGCCGUCCACUCUUGAUGUAAUCUUUGACAGAGGGCUUAUUGGAGUGUAUCAUGAUUGGUGUGAACCUUUCUCAACAUAUCCUCGUACCUAUGAUCUGAUCCACGUGGCCAGCAUUGAAUCACUUAUAAAGGAUCCAGCCUCUGGUAAAAGCAGAUGCAACCUUGUUGAUUUGAUGGUGGAAAUAGACAGAAUGAUGCGCCCAGAAGGCACUGUUGUGGUGAGGGAUACUCCUGAAGUACUUGACAAAGUUGCUCGUAUUGCGCAAGCAGUGAGAUGGGAGCAUACCGUAUAUGAUAAAGAGCCUGAAUCACAUGGCAGAGACAAAAUCUUAGUUGCAACCAAGACCUUUUGGAAGCUGUAAUUCUCAUCUCACUUACAUAGCUGUGUAAUUUAGGUAAAAUCCCUUCUCACUGUUUUAAGGAUGGGGGUUUCAUAGUUGUCUUUAUGAAUCAAAGGGAUGCGGUUCCCUUCUUGUUAAUUGUUUAUACAAGGAGAAAAAACGAAAAAAUGUGAAAGCAGAAGCCAGGGUUAGUUAUAUUUUCUCUUAGCUAUAAGAAUCACCUGUAAUUCAAUGUUUUUAUUUAUCAAUACGUAUUUAUUGAAGAACAUUCAUCACUGUUCUAUUUGUAUCAUGUAAUGUGGUUUAUAAGUUAAAAUCUAACUCUUAAUUAUUUGAGGAACA